CCUGUUUUUUGCUGAAAAGCAACUGAUACAACUAGACUCGUGCUGACUUGCAUCUCUUGCUGAAAAGCGACUGCGGUGUAGCGCGGUAGUGAUUAAAUUCGCCACGUGUGAAUUCUGCGUUAGGUGGUUCGGCGGUGGUUCGGCGGUUUUCACCUGCCAUUUCUGCACCGUCUCGUUAUAUACGCGUCUCGCUCGAGUGAGGAUCGUCGUGAUACCGCUAGAGUUGAAGACGCACGCCAUUGUGUGUGUGUGUGUGUAUGUGUAUGUGUUGCCGGCGGCGUAGUCGCGCAUUUUCGCGAUUGAACGCGAGCUUUCUAACAUAAAUCGGGGCUGCACUAGGCGCAAUUAUGGUACAAGUGCGUUACACUCGCAACUUGUUUCUGCGCGGAAUUUGCAUCAUAUACCUAUUCGCCUUCCUCAGCUUUUAUAUACAGAUUCCGGGAUUGUACGGUGACAAUGGAAUCUUACCGGCCAAAACACAGGUGGAUUUCAAGAAGCGUGCAACAUUAUUCAAUAAGCUGAAGCAAAAGCCGACAUUGUUAUGGUUUGCGCCUUAUCUAGGCUUAAAUGUGGAAUAUAUGUUAGAUGUAUUGUCUCUUCUUGGAGUUGUUUUCUCCUUUGCAGGAUUUGUCUCGCAAAAAUUCUGCAUUAUGCCAGUGUUUGCAGGAUUAUGGUCUCUGUAUUACUCCUUGUACCAGAUUGGACAAACGUUCAUGUGGUUUCAAUGGGAUGUUCUGCUGCUGGAGGCGGGAUUUCUGUGCAUACUCGCGGCACCGUUGUGGUAUCCGCGCUGGAAAUCGAACACACCGAACGACGCCGUGACCUUCUGGACUGUGCGCUGGUUGCUCUUCCGUCUCAUGUUUUCUAGCGGAGUGGUGAAGCUUACUUCGGGAUGUGCAACAUGGUGGAAGUUGGAUGCUCUGUAUGUUCAUUUCGAGUCUCAGUGCAUACCUACUCCCGUGGCCUGGUAUGCUCAUCAUCUGCCGAUCUGGUUCCUCCGUUUGUCUACCGUCUUCACAAACGUCAUAGAGCUCGCCGUACCGUUCUUAUUCUUCUUCCCCGACAAAAAAGUGAAGCGAGUGGCACUUUAUACUCAGGUGUUCUUACAAUUCUGCAUCAUCCUCACCGGAAACUACAAUUUCUUCAAUUUCCUAACCAUCUGCUUAUGCAUAUCCCUGCUGGACGACCAGUUCUUUUACAAACGACGGUCACGGAGCGACGGGUCUCGCAUCAUAAGUAAUUUCAGCACAGAGUCCACGGUGCUGGCCGUGUUGAUUUACGGAGCGCUAAUGUACGGAACGUACAUUUACUAUAAUCUUAAGAUCGCCGACAACUGGACCAUUCAAUCGAGUAUUGCAUUUACUCAGGAACAAUUUGAUUACGUUCUGUCUCGUGCGAUACCCGUUUCUAUAUAUAUCGGCAUAAUAUCUCUCGGAGCUACGACGCUGGAAGCGAUAGUUAACUCAAUAUCAUCUGUGAGAGGGAUAUACAACAAAAUGAUGUCGACCGUAGUUACAAUUUUCUACGUUAUAGCUGUAUGGUCGAUCUUUUCUAUAAGUCUUGUACCGUAUUCAACUUUACACUCGUCGCACAACUCGACGAUACCCACUCAGCUGAAACAAGCUCACGCAAAGGUGGAUCAUCUUCAUCUGGUGAACAGUUACGGCCUGUUCCGCCGUAUGACCGGAGUCGGAGGUAGACCGGAAGUUAUAAUAGAAGGUAGCGACAGUAUCGAUGGACCGUGGAAGGAAUACGAGUUCUUGUAUAAACCGGGAAACGUUAACAAUUCAUUACCGUUCGUUGCACCUCAUCAACCUCGCCUCGAUUGGCAAAUGUGGUUCGCCGCUCUAGGUACAUACCAUCAGAAUCCCUGGUUAAUGCCGUUAGCUUAUCGCCUAUUGACUGGGCAACCUGAGGUGCUAGCGUUGAUGAACACUGUCGAAAAUCCGUUCCGAGACAGACCGCCGAAAUAUAUCAAGGCCAGUCUCUAUUAUUAUCAUUACACACCGUGGAGCCAAACAUCGAAUACUCAUGCUUGGUGGACCAGGGAAAAAUUGGGAGAAUAUUUCCCGAUAUUCAGCCGGGAUCACCCGCCGCUCAUCGAGUACCUGAAGAAGAUGAAGAUUCUUCAAGAGAAGCCGAGUUCCAAGAUCACAAACGAGCCGCUCAAAUUGAUCCUGGACAACUUGAGAUCUUUGGCCGGUAAAGUGGAAGCGUGUUUACUCCUGUGGAGUAUUCUCACGGCGGGGUCAGUCAUAAUCGUGACGGGUUACAGCAAUUCAAUGUCAAGAAGGAAGUAAACACUGAGCAAUAAUCGUUACGAAAACUUGCGAGUUAUAUAACUAAAAGAUAUUGAGUGUUAAUAAGAUAGAAUUACAAGCCGUAAACAUACACACGUAUACCAAUUAAGAAUUGCAUCACGUUGCAACUUAGAAAUA